AUGUUCAGUAAUAAGCAAUCGUCUGGAUUGGUUGAUGACUGGCAGUCGGGGAAGACUGUCACUGAGUGUAAUCUGCGCAUGCUCGACACAGAAGACUUCAGUGACGUCAUCUUCUGGGUUGGGUCAGUGAAGCAGAUGGUCCGAGCCCACCGCUACAUUCUUGUCAGUCGUAGCUGUGUCUUCCAUGCCAUGUUCUGUGGUAACCUGGCAGAGGAGAAGGAAGUGACCAUCCCUGACAUAGAGCCGCACAUAUUUAGAGAGUUCUUAAGGUUUGUAUACACAGAAAAGGCAGAUGUCAGCGCCGGAACAGUUGUGGGAUUAAUGUACACAUCCAGGAAAUAUUCUGUAGAUGCAUUGUACAACAAAUGUGUAAUAUUUAUGGAGACAUGUCUGUCAGAGAACAAUGUCUGUCUGAUCCUUGAAGACAGCCAUCGUUACGGGGAGUUUGACUUGGAAAAGAAAACCCUGAUGAUCCUGACUGAAGGAGGGGAGAGAGUCAUCAGAUCUCCAGGAUUUGCAGAGCUGUGCAGUUCUUGUCUGGAGAAGUUCCUUAAGUCGGAGAAUUUGAAAUCAAAAGAAGAAGACAUUUUUGAGGCGAUAAUGUCAUGGACAAAACACAGAUGUCUGCAAGAAGGUAUGCCCGACACACCUGAGAACCUACGGAGACUUCUUGGUGAUAUGCGGUAUGAGAUCCGGUUUAACAGCAUGCCCCUGGACUAUCUCCUGACAGUUGUAGGUCCUACGGAAGUGCUGACUGACAUUGAGAAAUGUCAAAUGAUAGACAAAAGGGUAAACUCUCAUAUCGACAUCUCUCCUUUCAAGGAUAUACAGAGGAAAGAAUGUAACCAUUUUGGGGAGGAGCCUGUAUCGUAUAGGUAUGUUUGCAGGUUUAGAGAUUAUGGGCUUACAGCUCUCCACAAGGGAACACAUGCUAUAUCGUUUUCCGCAAAUCAGGAUCUUCACUUGAAAGGUUGUCAAUUGUAUGGCGCAGAGCGUGAUGAAACGUUUACCCUGAGUAUAAAAGUGUUUGACAGCAGUCAUUUGAAGAUUGCUGAACCAUUGCAGAAAGUAAAGCGAGUCCUUGAAGGCCAGAAUCAGCCAAACGAGGUUCUGUUCCCCACGUCUCUCUUACUGAUCUCGGGUGCAACAUAUACUCUGUGUGUGGACAUAGAGGGAACCGACACAUACAUUGGAUGGGAGGGUAGCAAGAAAGUAAUAGCUGAUGGAGUAGAGUUCACCUUCGAAAACUCCCCCAUGGCAACGUCGGGAACAACAAUUUACGCAGGACAGAUACCUGGAUUGAUAUUUAGCCACACGUCACAUGCGUUUACGCUAUGUUGCUGA